AUUUUUCCUCAUCACAUAAAAUGAAGUGACGCUCUGUGAUUCCGUCCAUCCCUUUCUCUAUAGCUUCAAUUAAAACCCUAGCUUCACUGUUUCAGUGGAGCUCGACAAUCAAUUACUGCGUUCUAAUCUUUCUUCUCUUUAUCCACUCUAUCUCGCAAUUCACCUCUCAGAACUUCACAUUCUCGCGAAUUAACUGAAUUAUUGGUUUCUGGAGCAUCUUGUUUCAGUUGUUUUCGUGGUUCAUUCGGUGUGAUUUUGAUCUCUGAGCUAUGGAUACUCGCAAAAGAGGCAGAGCUGAAUUUGCCAACGGCGGUUUUAAGAAAUCUAAGCCAGAAAUGGACUCCUUAUCAAGUGGUAUAGGAAGCAAAUUGAAGCCAUGCACGAAAUUUUUCAGCGUUGCCGGUUGUCCCUUUGGUGAGAACUGCCACUUUCUCCACCAUGUUCCUGGUGGCUACAAUGCUGUUGCCCAGAUGAUGAACCUGGCUCCUGCUCCCACCCCACGACCAGUAGGUGGCCCCCCACUGCCUGCCCACCAGAAUGGUUAUGGCUCUCCGGCUGCUGUCAAAACCAAAAUAUGCAACAAAUACAAGACUGCAGAGGGUUGCAAAUUCGGCGACAAAUGCAACUUUGCCCAUGGGGAAUGGGAGCUCGGAAAACCAAUUGUGCCAUCUCACUCCCAUGACAAUCCCCACCUUGCCGCUGGACCUAUGCCCGGCAGGUUCAGUGCCCGGCCGGAGCUGCACGCUCCUGGACCCACAGCAAAUUUUGGUUUAACAGCCACAACCAAAAUUAGCGUAGAUGCUUCCCUAGCUGGUGCUGUAAUCGGGAAAGGAGGAGUGAACUCGAAGCAGAUAUGCAGGCAAACGGGGACCAAACUAUCUAUUAGAGACCACGAAGCGAAUCCCAAUCUCAAAAACAUCGAGCUCGAGGGCACGUUCGAGCAAAUCCAGCAAGCGAGUGCGAUGGUGAGGGAGCUUAUCGUCAGCAUUGGUCCCGGCGGCGGGGCAGGUGAGCCGGGGAGAGGCGCGUUGGCGGCCUCCACUGGCAGGGGCGGAAACUUCAAGACGAAGCUCUGCGAGAACUUUGGGAAAGGGUCGUGCACCUUCGGAGAUAGGUGCCAUUUCGCACAUGGCGAAGCAGAGCUAAGGAAAACAGGAUAAGAUCCCAUCAUUUUGUUAUGUGAGGUUUGUGUUUUACUUUAUUUUAGAGUAAUAGAACUAAUGAAUUGAAUCUUGUAGCAGCUACGUAGGUGAUUUAAGACAAAAGUGUAGCAUAAGUCGCAGGUUUUAUUUUACUACUACUAUAAAUUAAGCUUAUUAUACUCCA